GCGCGUUAUUGGGCGUAAUGCAAAACCGGAAGUCAGUUGUCAGUUGUGUACUUACUCCAGACGAUCAUCACUGUAUUUUGGCGAUAAAGGAUGGAUUUAGGCAAAAUUAGACGGUGACAAGGUGACCAUGUGAUAGUCGGCUCUUUUUUAUUUUUUCGGUGAGGUGCUGUAUGCCUUCUCCUAAGGAGGAGGAAGAGGACUGGCCGAGGGUUUGAACUCAGUCCAGGAUGGAGCGCUGGACUCCCAAUCCUCGAGCCAAACCUUUUGUGCCCCGGCAGCAGAGAAGCUUGUACCUCACCUGGAAAUACAAACUGACCAAUAAGAGGACUAUCCACCGCAUCUGUCAGGCCUGUGCCGUCCUGUUUUUGCUGAUAACCAUCAUCAUCAACGUUAAGCUCAUCUUGGACACAAGAAGAGUCACCAGUGAAGAUGCUGCAGCACAAGACUACGACGAUUCCAUUCCCAACAUGCAGAUGCCGCGCAAGCCGGCCGGUGGCCGUAAGGUCCUGGACAUCGAGGUUUACUCCAGCCGCUCCAAAGUCUAUGUGGCCGUGGAUGGCACAACGGUGCUGGAGGAUGAUGUGCGCGAGCAGGGCAGAGGCAUCCACGUCAUCGUUCUCAACCAGGCUACAGGUCAUGUGAUGGCGAAGAGAAUAUUUGACACCUACUCACCCCAUGAGGAUGAAGCCAUGAUCCUCUUCCUCAACAUGGUGACCCGUGGUCGAGUCCUCAUCUUUACCAUUAAGGAUGAGGGGACGUUCCACCUGAAGGAUGCAGCUAAGAACCUGCUGAAGGGUUUGGGCAGCCAGGCCUCACUCAGCCUCAGCUGGAGGGACAUGUGGACUUUGGUGGUGAAGAAAGGAGGUCAAGUGUAUGGAGAGAAGCACUCCAAAUCUCCGGCGCUGUCCACCUGGGGUGACCCGGUUCUGCUGAAGACGGAGGUGCAGCUCACCGCCUCUGAAGAGGCCGAGUGUCGCUGGGCUGACACGGAACUCAACAGGCGGAGGAAGCUGUUCUGCAGCAAAGUGGAAGGAUACGGCAGCAUCUGCAGCUGCAAAGAUCCGGCACCAAUAGAGUUCAACCCAGAUCCUUUGUACAACAACAAGGUCUUCAACGUGCCCGUUGCGGUCAUUGCAGGGAACAGACCCAACUACCUGUACCGGAUGCUCAGAUCUCUGCUGUCUGCUCACGGCGUAAACCCACAGAUGAUCACCGUCUUCAUCGAUGGAUAUUAUGAGGAACCAAUGGAUGUGGUGGAACUGUUUGGCCUGAAGGGGGUUCAGCACACGCCCAUCAGCAUCAAGAAUGCCAGAGUCUCUCAGCACUACAAAGCCAGUCUGACUGCAUCCUUCAACCUUCACCCAGACGCAGACUUUGCCAUCGUCCUGGAGGAAGACCUGGACAUUUCCAUUGACUUUUUCAGUUUUUUGAGUCAGACGAUCCACCUGCUGAACGAGGACGACAGUCUGUACUGUAUCUCAGCCUGGAACGACCAGGGCUACGAGCACACGGCGGAGGACCCGGCUCUGCUGUACCGCGUGGAGACCAUGCCCGGCCUCGGCUGGGUGCUGAAGAAGAGUCUCUACAAAGAUGAGCUGGAACCAAAGUGGCCCACGCCUGAGAAGUUGUGGGACUGGGACAUGUGGAUGCGGAUGCCCGAACAGAGAAAAGGUCGCGAGUGCAUCAUCCCCGAUGUGUCGCGUUCCUACCACUUUGGCAUCAUUGGACUCAACAUGAACGGAUAUUUCCACGAGGUUUACUUCAAGAAACACAAGUUCAACACGGUUCCUAAUGUGCAACUGAAGAACGUUGACAGCUUAAAGAAAGAUUCUUAUGAAGCCGAGAUCCACAACCUACUGAAGGAGGCCAAGGUUCUGGACCACAGCAAGAACCCUUGUGAGGACUCCUUCCUGCCAGACUCUGAGGGGAAGGUCUACGUCAUGUUCAUUAAGAUGGAGAGUGAGACCGACACGGUGACCUGGACCGAGCUUGCCAAGUGCCUCCACAUUUGGAAUUUGGAUGUGCGGGGAUACCAUCGAGGUCUGUGGCGACUCUUCAGGAAAAAAAAUCAUGUGCUGGUGGUCGCGGUGCCCAUCUCCCCCUACUCUGCGAAGAAGCCGGCAGGUGUCACGCCCAUCCACUUGGAGGCUCCGCCCAAAGAGGAGGCGGCUCUGGUGGAGCAGGUGUAGGUCUGUUACACUGGACUUUUUUUUUUUUUUUUUGGUGUUGCUGGAGCCACGCCCUAAAACCUGGUUCACGUUUCUCGCCGGCGGCUCGUCUGUCUGAAAGUUCCCGCCUUCUUUCAUGCUGACUUUUUUUUUUUUUUGGAGAUGCUGUGUGUUUUGUGGUGCCACCGGACAAAAAGUAACAUCAACUCAACCAGAAAAAGAACAAAGUUAAAAAAAAAAAGUAGGUGUUAAAGAAAAAAAUAUGAGAAGAACCUUUAAAUAUUUUUGAUAGAUUGAGUUUUAAUUGAUACUGCUUCAUUUUUAAAACCAGAUCAUUUUGUGCUAAUUUUAAAAGGCUCUAAAAGAAUAUAAUAUUUAAAAUGUGUUUAUCUUGUUUUAAACUGUUCCACGUCAAAUGUGGUUCAGUAAGACGGUCACGUAGGUGCUAGUCUUCCGUUAUGACUGUUUUCUGUCAAAAUUAAUAUUAUGUUAUUUCUGUGUUGUUUUUUUAUCUACACAAACGGGCAAAAACCAAAGAAUUUCAUGUUGAGAUUUUCUCAAUACGAUGAGCGCGUUGCCCGAAGUGGACAAACUUGUUACACAAGCCGUGAUUGGCUGGAAGUCGAGGUGUCUCGGCUCUGAUAAAGCGGCUGGAAACUUUCAGUACCACAUGCUUUUUGGUCCAGAAUUUACAGUUUAUUUUCUCCUUAAAGGUACGAACACUACAGUUAAUGUAAUGAAUAAGACAUUGUUUCAUAAUGAAAAUGGAAUGAAGGCGGAAAAAACAACUUUGUGGUCAACAUAGGCAGUAAAGCAGCGCGCAUUUUGGUGGACCACCUCUGGACACCCCCACAAGGCUUACCCAUCCUCCAUGGGGGAGGCCUAGGGUUUCCUUCCCAGGGGCCUUACCUCACAGUGCCCCCAGUGUGGAGGAGUGGUUGCGGCCGGGUUAGUCACCGCCCCCUUGUUGACGCUUGUUGUUUUAGUUUAUGCUGAUUUCUGGCAGGGGGCUAUUAGACAUGGUGGAUAUAAUUCAUGGGUUUUCAUUUGUGGUUAUUGUUUGUGUUGUGUAUUUGAUGAUGUGCUGAGGUGUGUGUGUGUGACUCCGCCCACAUCAGUCUUGGACGUCUUUGCGUCAGGACGGUUGUGUUUUUGAUGCUCGCGGUGCUGCGCUCCAUUUGAAGUCCGUGAGAUUUUGAACCUGUGAGACAAAAUAAAUGAUGCGUUGUUGAA